UCAAAAAAUGGAAGUGCGUUUUAUUGGUCCGUUCAGUCUUCCUUAAAAGGUGUAAGUGAAACAAGAUUCGAGUGGGAUUUUUCCCUCCCUCUCUCUCUCUCUCCUCUUGUCCCUGAGCGGUUGUCAUGUGAUAAUGAAGAGCAACAAAGCGCUGAAGGGAGCUGCAGGGGUCUGUGCAUCUGUGAUCACAACAAGCCUCGUUAGCUCACACAACGCAAGUGUGCACUUCUCGGCCUCUUUAUCUCCUAGUGAGACAGCGCGAAGCUUUUUAACCCGCGUCAACAUCUCCGGCAUCUUUCAGCAGCACACUAGACCAGCAUCUGUAAUCGGGCAGCACCUUAGCAUUGCCAGGUUUUAUGGAAGCGCGGGCAACUCGAUCGGCGUCCGACCCCUCCCUCAGCUUCCUGAGCGAGGUGCUUUGGUGAAUGUUGUACUUGUGACUACUGCUUUCCCAUUCACAGCCUAAAAAUGCCUCGUCCGGGGAAAAAUUCCUACAGUGACCAAAAGCCUCCUUACUCGUACAUCUCUUUGACCGCCAUGGCCAUCCAGAGUUCCGCGGAGAAGAUGCUUCCCUUGAGUGAGAUUUACAAAUUCAUCAUGGACAGGUUUCCUUAUUACAGAGAAAACACGCAGCGGUGGCAGAAUUCUCUCCGCCACAACCUCUCCUUUAACGACUGCUUCAUUAAAAUCCCGCGCAGACCUGACCAGCCGGGCAAAGGCAGUUUCUGGGCUCUUCAUCCCGACUGUGGAGACAUGUUUGAGAACGGCAGCUUCCUCCGACGCCGCAAAAGGUUCAAGGUGCACCGGUCAGAACACUUUAGCGCUAAAAAUUCACAGAUGAUCCAUUAUUUCCAGCAUCAUCACCAACAACAACAACAACAACAACAACAACAACAGCAACAGCAACAAGCCAAGUUGGGACUGGCCUCGCCGGAGACUGCCCCGGCAAUGGGGCGCUUGCCCCACUUCCAGCCAUAUGGAGUCAACGGGCCCCAAUCCACCGGAUUUAAGCACCCGUUCGCCAUCGAGAACAUAAUUGGACGGGACUAUAAAAACAUGAUGGCCAGCGGACUUCCUUUAGCCUCUGUAAUGCACCAUCUUGGUUACCCCGUCCCCAACCAGCUCAGUAACAUGGUGGGAUCCAUGUGGCCCCACGUCGGCGUCCUUGACUCCAUGGCCCCCAUGCCGGUAUCUCCAGAUUACAGCCCGUUCGGAGUGCCGAUGAAGACGAUCUGUCACCCUGGCACACAGACAAUGCCAGCCGUCCCUGUGCCCAUCAAACCCACAGUGUCCCUGGCAUCUAUCUCCGCGAUGACAGCCCCGGGAGCGCUGCCUGGCAGCCCCACGCAGAUCUGCCCGGCAGCUUCUUCAUCUUCCCUGCAUCUAGAUCAGACUCGAUCAGGUUCCACCCAAGGCAAAACUAACUCCUUGCACUCUAUGCUCGUCCAUUCCUGAGGGCGAAGGGACAGAAGUGCGAAUCAGUUUUAAUAGGCGAACAAGUUGAUGUGAAGAGGUUAGUCGUGGCAGAAAUGUUUGCUUCAUUAAAGAUUCACAAAUCAUUGGUAUUUAUACAUAAAAUCUGGAAAAUAGACUUUUCAGGUAAGAGGAUUUACCUUCUUAAAAGAAAUUGGCAGAAAUCUAAAACAAAUUAAAAGCCAUAUCUACCUGGAAUAAGUCCUAUGUGAGAGAAACUGUAUUUUCUUCAGUAUUCCAGAUGCAUUCUUUGUUGGUAUUUAAAGCUACACAUUAAAUACAUCGAUUCUUUGGUCACUUUUGAGAUAUUGAAAAUUCAUUAAGAGGGACAAUCCAACAAUCAACUGACUCCGAUGAUUCUGCUGAAUUCGAGUUCUGGACAUUAUUAAACAAGAACGGCGGUGGGGGAAAAAAAGACGCACAGCCUUUAAAAUGGAACCCUGUGAAGAGAAAUAAGUCGGAACUAGAAAUAAUACUGCAUCAUAAUUAAGGAGUCGAUUAAAAAAAGCACUCAGCAAGAAUUUGAUGUCAAAUGAGCCUACUGGUUUGCCAGCACGUUGGGUAUUUCAAGUCAGGUCAAAAAUAUUUAAAACUAAAAUAUUUUUAAACUGUGCAUUACAAAUUGUUGUGGUUAGUAAAUGUUGAAGGAGAUGUUUCCAUUGUAGCUUUAAAACUCUGAUUAUCACAGUUCAAAGACUAUUUUUAAAACGUGGCGAUUUCUUUUUACUUCUUCCACAAGUUGUAUGUGAAAAGAAGUCGAUCUAUUUUGCGGCAUGCAAACAUUUGAUUCGCGUCGAUUAGAAUAUUAAGGAUUAAUUUUAAAAGUACAUAUUUAUGCUUUGCGGGAUAAACAAUGAUAUGUUGUUCCAGAUUUAGAUACCUGCGUAGUUCUCAUACGUUGUGUUUAAAUAGACGGAAUGAACGAGAUGAAUUGGCGGAAUUGAAACACGUUUUGUACACGUUCUUUUGUACCACAAAUUAUGUCCUCACUUUAAUUACAGGGAUCUUUAAAAAAAAAUCAUCGUUUUGUAAUUUAAAUCUGGGCUCAGAUUUUGAAUAGAUGUUGUACGAAGUGUUACGCGGGAUUCGAAAGCAGUCUCAUUGAAAGUCUGGACUUCAAGGCAAAGAAGUAUGUAAACUUCCACUCUUCGUCUAUAGUGGACAGACCGUGGUUGGUGCUGCCCAGUACUU